AUGAAAUUGUUAACGUGGAAGAAAGUCGCCCUACCAAAGUCAAGCUCAGCAAAGGAAUCAGAUGAUCGGGUCAAGGUCGCUCAAUUUGAAGAUGUUUUUUUAGAAACAGGAUCGCGAAACGGAAAGAAGUUGUAUCGAGUGAGCCAGACAUCUGUUCGCCCUCAUUUUACUAGUAGGCCAAUGGAUAUUGAUAAUACAGUUGUUCCUCGAGACUUUACUGAGUCCAAGAGUUUAUAA